CCUGUCAGUAUUAAUUUGCCCUAGCCGAUGAUGAUGAUGUCAUGUCCCCUUCUCCUCGGCCGCGCCCUCGACUCCCCGUCUCGUUCGCCCGCCGCGCCGCGCCGCCUUCCCACUGCAUCCCGCGCCGCGCCGCCAGCCGCCGGUGAGCAUCUUAGGAAGGAGGGGAGCCCGCGGCGGCGGCGGCGGCCAAGAUGAGCGACGACGUGAUAUGGCACUGCAUCCGGCACAACCACUGCAGCUUCAUGGCCAAGAUCACGACGGGGAUAUUCUGCCGGAACCCGUACAACGCCACCGGAAUAUGCAACCGGAGCUCCUGCCCUCUCGCCAACAGCCGCUACGCCACCAUCCGGGACCAUGACGGUAUUUUCUACCUAUACAUGAAAACAGCUGAAAGAGCCCAUCUUCCGAACAAAUUAUGGGAGAGGGUCAAACUACCCAGAAAUUAUGAGAAAGCAAUGGAAGUCAUCAAUAAGCAUCUUGAAUUUUGGCCCAAGUUACUUGUGCACAAAAUUAAGCAGCGCCUGACAAAAAUGACUCAGUAUCGGAUAAGAAUGAGGAAGCUUCAACUGAAAGUGAGAGAGAAGGUGAUGACAAUGCCCAGGAAGGAGACUCAGCGCCAUCUCAGAAGAAUGGAUAAAGCUGAAAAGGCCGCUCAGUUGGAAAAGAAUAUUGAAAGUGAAUUGAAGGAACGGUUGAAGAAAGGUGUCUAUGGUGACAUCUAUAACUAUCCCUUCAAAGAAUUUGACACUAUUCUUGAAAUGGAAAAAGAUGAUGUAGCUCCUACUGAGGAAGAGGAAGAAGAAGAGGUGGAGUAUGUUGAAGGUGAUGAUGAAAUGGAUGACAUGGAAGACAUUGAAGAUUUUGGAGGCCUUCCUGAUGAUGAUGAAGAUGAUGAUAAUGAUGGUGAGACGGAUGAAGAUGAUCUUUUGGAUGAACCGGUAGCAAAGAAACCUAAAGGGCGAGGUUCUGAUUUGAGAUCAAAUAUAGGGAAAAAAUCCAAGAAGCUUAUCACUGAGGUGGAACGAGAUGAUGACAUGGGUAUCAGACGAAGGACGCGAAUGUGAGUUGUGCGAGCACUGGCUUCAAUUGCAUAUGCCACGGGGUGCUGUGCUGUCAGUUUUGGUUGUACCUGAGAUUGGCUUAGACUUAGUUGCUGAGAAAUCAAGAUGAGUUGUGGCAUAGAACAUUAUAUUUAUAUGUUGGCAAACUAUUAGGUUUAGCGUUCAAAUUGCAAGAUAAGUGUAACAUUAUUUUGCAGCAAGCACUUUACAGGAAGAUGCUCACUCUGGCCUGAGGCAGUUGUUUAGGGUUGUUUGUAUCAACUUAUCCAUCGACGGAUAAGCCAUCCAAUUUGGCUCUUAGGCAAGCGGGUGUUUUGCGUUACACAGAUCUUAACAGUUCCAACGUCACAAACAAUCUGUUUGUAACCGCUACGUCCACCAAAAGCAGUAAUUUUCUUAAUGUUUUGCAGCAACAUUUGAUCAAACUCUCUGGUUUAAAAUGAUCA